AUGGCCCUGCUGGCUCUCUGCUGGAAACCUGGUGUGACAGAGGCACAAGACACCAUCCCUCUGCAGACUCUAAGGUGCUACAAUGACUACACCAGCCGCAUCAUCUGCAGCUGGGCUGACCUGGAAGAUGCCCAGGACCUCAUUAACAUGACCCUCUAUCACAAGAUGGAAAAUGACAGGGUCUAUCCAGUGUCCUGCAGCCUCAGUGAAGACCUACGCUGGUCAGAGUGCCCGUCUGCCCACCGAUGUGUGCCCAGAAAAUGUGAAAUCGCCAACACAAGCUUCAGUGUUGCAUAUGAGGACUACUACUCUUUCCAACCAGAUCGGGAUGUGGGCAUCCAGCUCAUCAUUCCAUUGGCCCAGCAUGUGCAGCCCCCACCUCCCAAGGACAUCAGCAUCAGCCCCUCUGGAGAUCACUUCCUGCUGAAGUGGAACUGGACCCUUGAAGAUGCCCAGGUCCCCUGGCUGUCACAGGAGGACGUAGAGUUUGAGGUGGCUUACAAGAGGCUUCAGGACACCUGGGAGGAUGCUCCCAGACUCAACACCAGUGACUUGUGGGUCUCGCUGCCACCAAAGCUGUUUCUACCCAGCAAUAUUUAUGUGGCCCGUGUGCGUACUCGGCUAUCCCCAGGGUCAAGUUUGUCUGGAAGGCCCAGCAGAUGGAGCCCUGAGGUGCAAUGGAACUCCCAGCCAGGUAAUGGGGCCUGUGGGAAGUGCUCCUUAUACAGCCAGUACACGGUCUCUGUUAGGCUGCGGAAACAAGGGAAGUUCAUCAAGAGCUCUGAACACAUCCAGAUGCACCCUCCAAGCCUCAAAGUGACCAAGGAUGGAGACAGCUACAACCUGCGUUGGGAAACUAAGAAACUCUUCUAUGCUCACAUCGAACACAAAUUCCAGGUCCAGUACAAGAAGAAGCUGGACAGCUGGGAGGACAGCAAGACAGAGAUCCUAGAUAAUGCCCAUAGCAUGCCCCUGCCACGGCUGGUGCCCUCCACCUCAUACUCGGCCAGGGUGCAGGCUAAGCCCCUCACUUACUACCAUGGGAAGCAUCAGAUGAGAGGACACUUUGCCUGUUGUCCCGCACUACCGUCUCGCCCGCAAGAACGACGUGGGACACUUAGGAUCCUUCUGCUCCUCCCUCAGACUGCAUCCUAUGCCUCCCACCUAAUGCUCCUUCUCCUUCUUGUUGAACAAGUGAUGCCCACAUGGGGGAUCGUCCUCAUCCUGAUUGUCCUCAUCCUGAUCUUGCUCCUGGCCCUCCGCGUUGGCUGUGUCUAUGGGUGCAGGCUGUACAGAAAGUGGAAGGAGAAAAUCCCCAACCCCAGCAAGAGCCUGCUGUUCCAGGAUGAAGGAAAAGGACUCUGGUCUUCUAGCAGCACAGCAGCCUUUGCCACUAAGAACCUUACCCCCCAGGGGUCACAGAGAAACUCUUUUGCAAAGCUACAUGGGAUGUCAUAUCCAUAUACGGCGGACAAUGAAGUGUCACCUCUCACCAUAGAGGUUCCUAAAAUUGUUCAAGAUUUACCGUCUGGGGCUGACCCAACUCCAGUCAUCUCACCAGAACCCAUGGAACAGCUUUCCGAUGGCCAGAGAGACCCACCAACCCAUCUGGGCAAACCUGAGAGCCAGAAACCCAACUUUGACUUUAACGGUCCCUACCUGGGGCCUCCCCAAACUCACUCCCUGACUAAUCUCCAAGGCCAACUGGUGCCCCCAGAGAAAUGUGACAGCCUGAAGCCAGAACAGCCACACUCCCUGGAGUACCUGUGCCUGCCUCCUGGGGGACAAGUGCAGCUGGUACCACUGUCCCAGGCGAUGGGCAAGGGCCAGGCUGCAGAUGCAGAGCUAGAGUCUAGCCUGAAGACCACAGAGAGCCCUUCCAUGGAACAGAGGGAUAGCCCUUCACUCGACCUGAGAGUGGAGGAACAGGAGCCAAAGGACAGUGCAGCGACUCUGUCCUUAAACUCUGGAGACACUGAGGACCCCGUGGUGGCCUCUGGCUAUGUCUCUCCUGCAGAUCUGGUGCUCACCCUGCCCACAGGGCCCCUGUCUACCUCUCUGGGCCCCUCUCUAGGAUUGCCCUCAGCUCAGGGUCCUAGUCUCUGUCUCAUGCUGCCUG